UGGUCGAAGGAUUAUCACUGCUGGAUUUAGGGGUCUCGCCAUAUUCUGGAGCUGUUUUCCAUGAGACCCCACUGAUAAUAUAUCUCUUCCACUUCCUGAUUGAGUAUGCUGAAUUGGUGUUCAUGAUAACUGACGUGCUAACUGCUGUUGCCCUUUACUUGGCCAUCCAGGACUUCAACAGAGUUGUGUUCAAAAAGCAAAAGCUCCUAAUAGAACUGGAUAAAUAUGCGCCAGAUGUGGCUGAACUCAUCCGGACGCCUAUGGAAAUGCACUACAUCCCCCUCAAGGUAGCACUGUUCUACCUGUUAAACCCCUACACUGUGAUGUCUUGUGUGGCAAAGUCCACCUGCGCCAUCAACAAUACUGUCAUUUCAUUCUUCAUUUUAGCUACAAUGAAAGGUAGUGCCUUCCUCAGUGCUGUCUUCCUGGCCUUAGCAACAUACCAGUCACUCUACCCUCUCACAUUGUUUGCUCCAGCACUCCUUUAUCUUCUACAGCGUCAGUUCAUACCAGUAAAACUGAAAAGCAAAAGCUUCUGGCUCUACACCAUGCAGUAUGCAUCCCUGUACCUGUGCAGCCUGGUGGUGAUCAUCUGCCUCUCCUUCUUCCUCCUCAACUCCUGGGAUUUUAUCCCAUCUGUUUAUGGGUUUAUCCUUUCCGUUCCAGAUCUGACACCCAAUAUUGGCCUGUUCUGGUACUUCUUUGCAGAGAUGUUUGAACACUUUAGUCUUUUCUUCGUAUGCGUGUUUCAAAUCAAUGUGUUCUUCUACACCAUUCCAUUGGCAAUAAAGCUAAAGGAGCAUCCUGUGUUCUUCAUGUUUGUCCAGAUCGCAAUCAUUUCUAUCUUCAAGUCCUACCCCACUGUGGGAGACGUUGCGCUGUACAUGGCCUUCCUUCCAGUCUGGAACCACCUUUACAGAUUCCUCCGGAACAUCUUCAUCCUGUCAUGUGUGCUCAUUGUCUGCUCCGUCCUGUUCCCUGUUCUGUGGCAUCUAUGGAUUUAUGCAGGAAGUGCCAACUCCAAUUUUUAUUAUGCCAUCACGUUGACUUUCAACAUAGGGCAGAUCCUGCUCAUCUCGGAUUAUUUCUAUGCCUUCCUCCGGCGGGAGUACUACCUCACUCACGGGCUCCAUUUGACAAGGCAGGAUGGGACAGAGGCCAUGCUGGUUUUGAAAUAA